AUGUCAGAUUGCUUCUGGAAUUCCGUUGAGCGAAUUCUUUUAGUACUCCAUAAAAGUUUAAAAAUGGCAUCUGCUUUAAUGCAUGAAAAAGUUUGGCUAGACAAAAAUGUCUACAAUGAAGCAGAAAAGAACUAUUAUGAGUCUUUAAAUAAGAGUCAGAUAAGUCCAUUGGUGGCGGGAUCAUCUCUUGCUAGUGAAGUAGCAAAGGCAAGACAGCACAUCAAGAAUUCACUUGAAUGUAUGGACAGUGUCGCAACACUAGCUGGUGUCCCUAAUACAGAAAUAAACAACAAGCUUAAUAAAUUAGAGCAAGAGAAUGUAGAACUAAAAAAAGCAAUGGACGACUUGCGAAAGCUGGUUAUAAGUCUUCAAGCCCGAGUAGAUAGUAUUGGGACCACUGGAGUAUCAAAACCCCAAGAGGCAGCACCUAAGGCAGCAAAAGAUGACCAAGAAUCAGAUGAUGGUGUUGAUCUAUUUGGAUCUGAUGAUGAAGAAGAAAGUGCGGAAGCAGCCAAAAUAAGAGAGGAAAGGCUGGCAGCAUACAAUUCGAAAAAAGCAAAGAAACCUGUUCUCAUUGCCAAGUCAAAUAUUAUUCUGGAUGUGAAACCUUGGGAUGAUGAGACUGAUAUGAAAGCGAUGGAGGCAUCAGUUAGGAAAAUUGAAACGGAUGGCCUUCUUUGGGGAGCCGCUAAACUUGUUCCACUUGCAUUUGGUAUACACAAACUGCAAAUCUCUUGUGUCGUGGAAGAUGACAAAGUGUCAGUGGAUUGGCUCACAGAAGAGAUUGAGAAAAUCGAAGAUUUUGUGCAAAGUGUUGAUAUAGCUGCCUUUAACAAAGUCUGA